UUGGUCCUUUCCUUCCUGCUGCCACUUUUGACUACAUCCUUCUUUCUUUUCCGGCUUCCACAUUUCUUUUUUUACCAACUUCUCCUUUACUUCACCGGCUCCUUUCCUCCUUCUCUCCCUCCUACUUCCUAAUUUCCUUCACCCUUUCCUUUCCUACCUCCAUCUUAUCUUUCACUCCUGCCUCAUUUCACUGGUUCUUCACCUCCUUCUCCCUCAAUCUUUGAUUCUCUUCCCUUUUCUUACUCCUUUGUUCCCUUUUUCUUCCCCACUGCCAUGUUUCCUUCACUCCCUCCUCUUCCUUUCUUAUUCCCUACCUUCUCUUCUACUUCUCAGCUCCUUCCCUACGUUCACCUUUCUUUUGCUAAAGCUGUCUUUCCUUUUUUAUCUCCUACCUUGCUUCCUUACCUUGUUCAGAUCCUCCGUUUCUUCACUGCCACCUCCUUUCCUUUUCUACAAUUUUACCUCAUUUCCUUCAUCCUUGCCUCCUCUAACUUCUUAUUUUCUUCCCUGGCUCGUCACUCCCUUCUCUCACUCCAUCUUAAGUUCUCUAUCCCUACAUCCUUCCUUAUUUCCUUUGUCCCUACAGCCACCAUUCCUUCUCUGCCUUCCCUCCCUCCUUUCUAUCCUUGGUCCUUUCCCACUUGCUUUCCUAUGUCUUCUCCUUUUCUUUUCUACUUUCCUGACUCACCUUUUCCUUCCCAACUUCGCUGUUUCUUCAUUAAUUGCUCCUUUCCUUCAUCCUAUCAUUUCCGGCCUCCUCUUUUUUUCUUUUCCUUCAUUUCCUCCUCCUUUCCCUCCCUACCUCUUUUCCUACAAUCACCCUCCUUUCAUGAAUACCUCCUUUCCUUCUUUAUCUUCCUCUUUCCUUGCCUAACUCCUCGAACUUCUGUCCAAUCGUCUCCUUGGUCUUUUUUCCUUACUUUUCUCAAUUCCUCCUACUUACUUCCUGGCAGCGAUAACAGGUAUCGAGAUGGGAAAGGAAACCGGUGGGAGGACGGACAAAAAAAGGGGAACCCCUCCCCGUUUUUUCUCCCCCACAGCAGCAGCAGCAGCAGCAGCGCUGAGGUCGGGGAUCCCGGAGAGCUCGUCCGGCCUCGGUGCCAGUCGGUCGGUCGUAGAGGCAGAAGGGACACCCUGGUUUUCCAAAGGCACCGAGCUGUUCGCCGUCCCCUCUCAGCGGGGACCCUGCGGAGGUCACCGCGGGUGACGAGCGAAGGGCCUGAAAAAUGGGCUCCGGUGUAGGAAGUGGGGGAUAAACACACAAACACACACACACACACACACACACACACCAGGAUAUGAAAUAUUAUCAGUUCUGUUGAUUGAGCUUAUUUGGGUCUCCUCGUAUUUCUACAACAUCAGCUGUUCCUGUUCGGAGGGGGAUUUGAUGACGAGUAAUAAACUGCACCUGCUAAAUAAAGUUCCACCCCCCCCCCCCCGCCCUAAUGGCAAGACAGUACAUCAUACCCUGCUUACCUCAAGGCUUUAUGAACUGGACAGCUUUGCUAAUUUAGCAUACUUUUAAAGGCUGUGAGCUCAUUUCGGAGGGCAGCGUUCGUCUCUGACGUCCGGUCGACCUCGAUGAUCUGAUUCACCGCCUCCUCGUCUUCUUCUUCUUCUUCUUCUUCUUCUUCUCUGCUGUCAGCCGCAGCGCACACCCCCGGUUUACAGGAUAUUUAAUACCUGACAAGCACCAUUAACCACUUUUUUAAUGAACAGUGUGUCAUUAACUCACACACUGUCAGAGUGCUAAUUGGAACUUAAAAUGAAAGAACGCGUCAUAUAAUAAGUUGACACCGGUUAUUAACUCCCAGUAAUAAUAACAAAGCUCUGAGAUAUGUCUGGUUGUAAAUAAAUUGAGGGAAAAAAGACAGUUUGCACAGCAGAGUGCACAUAAUAUCUGCACAUAAUGAGCAACAGGGAUUAAAGUCACAGUCAAAUGGAAAACGGCGUUUUGGCUAUUCUCCAUGUAAUAACAUAUAUCUGUUUCAAUUUUAUUUUUUAUUUGACUUUUAUUUGAAGAGGAAUGCACAAUUGUGGCGUUUUUGUUCUAAUGAUGGCGACAGAAGGAAAGGUCAGGAGGUCAGCUGAAACCAGCAGCCCUCCUGAUAGAACGAGGACGCCGUUAACAGACAUUAAGGCGCACCUCUCAGCCAAUCAGAGUGAAGUAUUGUCUGACGCCGUGGAACAAUCGGACCUAGUUGGAGCGAUGCAGAGCUCCACCGACGCGGAAAAGGGGCAAAGUUUCCUGAUUAGUCCUUUUAAUCUGGUGUAAGCACAAUGUAAACUUGCUGAUGGUGACCUCAACAACAGCAGUGCUUCUGCUUGUAAUGCAUUUUUGCUCUGAUAUGGUCCCAGCGGAGGGGAGGGGGGUGAAGGGGGGGGAGAGAUGACACACCACAUGUGGACAAACCAACAUAAAGGGCGAUUCUGCCGCUCUCAGCUCCCCGCUGACCUGCAGACCUUGAUCAACGCUCGGGGGCCGAUUCAUAACAACACGCAGGCAGCUCAUUACGUGAGGGAUACAGCUGAUGACAACAAACAAGCAAAUCAGCAGCAGAGGUCAACAGGAAGUUCCCAGCUUCACCCGGUGACUGAGGUCAAAGGACAACACAGAGAGGGGACAAGAAGAAAUCGGGAUAAAAGAAGGAAGGGGAAGAUGAGCUGCCACAACGAUCACAAACUGAACCUUUGGUGGAACGAGGCCGCGUCUCUUCCUGCUGUCUGAUGAGUCUCAUUUACCUUCACUGACUGAGGCUUUGCUACUCAGCCGCUGUUCACUUCAGGCCGAGUUCAUCUAACACCGUGUAUAUAUACCAGCCGCCUGUCAGAGGAAGGCCCUGGACUUACACAACUCCCUCUGCCUCUCAUCCUUUCAGUCGCUUCCUCCUCCUCCUCCUCAGCCCGGUAUCAUACCAGAGCUCGAGGAUAAUGUGUCAGUGUCUCGUUUUGCCUCACCUAGGUGUGAGAGGUACAUGCGUGUAUGACUUUCAGAGAGCCCGUCAAGUGUCGCAGAGUUCAGAUGACAUCUAUACAGGGUGACGAAUUUCCAUUUUCAGAGGUGGCGGGUUGGUUGGAUAGAUCCGGACUUGCAAAAAGUGGAAUUAGUGGACUUUGCUGCAGGUGACGGCUGUUCGCUUCCUGCUUCCAACCAGACCUUAACCACAGCAUUGUCACACCAUAAAACAUCAUUCUUUACCAGUAAGCACAGACCAAUUAUGUUGUCCUGCCAAUCACUGCCGAAGAGGCGCCAUAUUGGAAAAACUGUGUCCAAGCACAUAAAUCUAAAGAUUAAAUUUUGUGACUAUGUCAUGAGCUGCCAUCGCCCCCUGCUGGUGCUACACCUUCAUACAUGCAUGUACUUCUCAUGCCUAGACGAGGCAAAACGUGACACUGAGACGGCGUCCAUGUGGAUCAGCAGGUGUAUUACUGGGUUUUCCUCCUGUUGGGAAAUCGUCAGCUGGUGGGAAACAAACCUGAUUACACAGGUGGGAUUAAUGUGCUCAAACACACUGAGGCAUCCGCAAACAGAACAUUCUCAAGUUUGAGCAUUUCAAAUAAUCUAAAGUCACUCCUCUAAAAGAUGAUUUUAAGUGUUUUUAAGCAGAAAAAGUGUUUCAAAUGUACCUAUAUGCUUGAAACACACAUCUGACACCAUCGUGCCGAGGUGUGUUUUAGCCAUAUGUGUCUAUUUAUAAUCAGAAUCAAUCCUUUUAAGAGCUGCAGGAAACAUCUACGGUUGUUUUACAGUUAGAAUGCUAUCAGAUCACUUUUCUGUAAUCUCGGUGGGCACAACAACAGCAUGUCGAGUCAUUUUAAGACACUGGAAGGUAUCAGACAUUCCGGGUCUGUGCAAUGACUGAAAGUGCAUCAUAUGAAUGUAUGCUUAGCAGAUUUGAGUGAUGACAGGAGGGAGGGGGCGACCCCCCGUGGAACAGGUUUUGGGACUAUAUAAAGAUAAAUAACGACCUCCACUAGGAUUCUGUUUUUUGUUGUUGUUGUUGUUGUGGUGCCUCCCCCAAGUGGGAUCUUGUGAUGUAUACCACAGCGAUAUACCUAUAUAUGAGAUACAUGGAAGCAUGUUGGGUAUGUAAUGUAAUAUAUGUGCGUACAGGUGUGAGAGUUCUUUCUUUCAUGUCAGCUACCUAUCUUCAUUUCUUACGUUUUCUUUUUGUUUGUUUAUUUAUUUAUUUACUUGUAUGGAGAAAAAUGUUGGGUUUGCCAUGU